UUCGUACACAAUUUUAAGUUUUUAACCAAAGCGAAUGCAUAUAAUGGAUCAAUUAGUGCUCUCAUGGAGCAUCAAACCUCCUCUAAUAUCACCAUCACGUGCUCAGCUUAUGACCACGCUCAAGAAGCCUUAUGUCUUGUCUUUUUCGCCGUCGUUGAGAUUAGGUAGUAGUGUGAAGGUGUUUGCAACGGCGUCUAGAAGGGUGAAGCUGAUUGAUCCGGAGGGAGAGGAGAAGGAGAUCGAAGUAAACGAAGAUAGUUGCAUACUUGAAUCCGCGGAGAACGCGGGGAUGGAACUGCCAUACUCUUGUAGGUCAGGGACGUGUGGGACUUGUUGCGGGAAGAUAGUGUCCGGGAAAGUGGAUCAGUCACUAGGUUCUUUCCUCGAUGAAGAGCAAAUCCAGAAGGGUUACGUCCUCACGUGCAUCGCUCAACCACUAGAGUACUGUGUCGUCUACACCCACAAGCAAACCGAUCUCUACUGAGUCACACACUAUGACAUAUUGGUCCUCAAUAUAAAGGCCCGUUUGUUAAAGCCCACAAAGAAAUGGAAUAAUAUGGGGUUUUGUCCAGUUGCACAUAUGGAUGAAUACCGUUGGACUUUUAUUUAAAUAUCUUCUGUGUGUGA